ACCCAGAAGUCUCAGGCGGCAGCUCGCCGAGGCCUGUGCCGAGGGGCGGAAGGAUCUGGCAGUUGGGGCUGUUGGCUGGUGCUGCGGCUGGGUGCAUCAAGUGCAUCAGCAGUGCGAGGUGGUGGCAGUCGGGAGCCCGCGAGAAGCCUGCGGGGUCAGGGGCUCAGGGGCUGGGGACCAAGGUGUGCUGAGCACGGGGGCAGGAGAGGACCGGACGCCGCUGGACCACGCCUCUCAGGGAGUGACCACACCAGCAUCCAGACUUGGGACACUUGGGGGACUGGAAGAAGGCCAAGCUGAAGACCCGAGUUGACUAGAAAAUGACGGGCCGAGCCCGAGCCAGGGCCCGUGGCAGGGCCCGUGGUCAGGAGACGGUGCAGCAUGUUGGGGCUGCUGCGAGCCAGCAGCCUGGGUACGUCUCUCCGAGACCUCAGCAGUCACCCGCAGAGGGGGAACUGGUUGGCCGAGGACGACAGAGAGGGAUGGUAGUUGGAGCCACAGCCAAGUCACAAGAACUGCAGAUCUCAGCUGGCUUUCAGGAGCUGUCGUUGGCAGAGAGAGGAGGGCGUCGCCGGGACUUCCAUGACCUUGGUGUGAACACCAGACAGAACCUUGACCACGUCAAAGAGUCGAAGACAGGCUCCUCGGGCAUCAUCGUGAAGCUAAGCACCAACCACUUCCGGCUGACCUCGCGCCCGCAGUGGGCCCUGUACCAGUACCACAUCGACUACAAUCCCCUGAUGGAGGCCCGCAGGCUGCGGUCAGCACUGCUCUUCCAGCACGAAGACCUUAUUGGAAGGUGUCAUGCUUUCGAUGGGACAAUACUGUUUUUACCCAAGAGACUACAGCACAAGGUCACAGAAGUUUUCAGUCAGACUCGGAAUGGGGAGCACGUGAGGAUCACCAUCACCCUGACCAAUGAGCUGCCGCCUACCUCACCCACCUGCCUGCAGUUCUACAACAUCAUAUUCAGGAGGCUCUUGAAAAUCAUGAAUUUGCAACAAAUUGGACGGAAUUAUUACAACCCAAGUGACCCAAUUGAUAUUCCGAAUCACAGGUUGGUGAUCUGGCCUGGCUUCACUACUUCCAUCCUUCAGUAUGAGAACAACAUCAUGCUCUGUACAGACGUCAGCCACAAGGUCCUCCGAAGCGAGACCGUUCUGGACUUCAUGUUCAAUCUGUACCAGCAGACGGAGGAGCACAAGUUCCAGGAGCAAGUGUCGAAGGAGCUUAUAGGCCUCAUUGUCCUCACCAAGUACAACAAUAAGACCUACAGGGUGGAUGACAUUGACUGGGACCAGAAUCCCAAGAGCACUUUCAAGAAGGCCGACGGCUCAGAGGUCAGCUUCCUGGAGUACUACAGGAAGCAGUACAACCAGGAGAUCACAGACUUGAAGCAGCCGGUGCUGGUGAGCCAGCCCAAACGGAGGAGAGGCCCCGGAGGCACACUGCCUGGCCCGGCCAUGCUCAUCCCGGAGCUCUGCUACCUCACAGGUCUGACUGAUAAAAUGCGCAAUGAUUUCAAUGUGAUGAAGGACCUGGCGGUGCACACGCGACUGACCCCUGAGCAGCGGCAGCGGGAGGUGGGCCGCCUCAUCGAAUACAUCCACAAGGAUGACAAUGUGCAGAGGGAGCUUCGUGACUGGGGCCUGAGCUUCGACUCGAACUUGCUGUCCUUCUCAGGAAGAAUCUUACAAUCCGAGAAGAUCCACCAGGGCGGGAAGACGUUUGAUUACAACCCGCAGUAUGCAGACUGGUCCAAAGAAACAAGAGGCGCGCCGCUGAUCAGCGUGAAGCCGCUGGAUAACUGGCUGCUGAUCUAUACCCGCAGGAAUUAUGAAGCAGCCAACUCACUGAUACAGAACCUGUUCAAAGUGACUCCGGCCAUGGGCAUCCAGAUGAAAAAGGCUAUCAUGAUCGAGGUGGACGACAGAACAGAAGCUUACCUGAGAGCCUUGCAGCAGAAGGUGACGUCAGACACUCAGAUAGUUGUCUGUCUGUUGUCAAGCAAUCGGAAGGACAAAUACGACGCCAUCAAAAAGUACCUGUGCACAGACUGCCCAACCCCAAGUCAGUGUGUGGUAGCACGGACCCUGGGCAAGCAGCAAACCGUCAUGGCCAUUGCCACCAAGAUCGCCUUGCAGAUGAACUGCAAGAUGGGUGGUGAACUCUGGCGGGUGGACAUGCCCCUGAAGCUGGCGAUGAUCGUGGGCAUCGACUGUUACCAUGACACCACAGCUGGGCGGAGGUCCAUCGCAGGAUUCGUUGCCAGCAUCAAUGAAGGGAUGACCCGCUGGUUCUCCCGCUGCGUCUUUCAGGACCGUGGACAGGAACUGGUGGACGGGCUCAAGGUGUGCUUGCAAGCUGCUCUGAGGGCUUGGAGUGGCUGCAAUGAAUACAUGCCCAGCCGUGUCAUUGUGUACCGAGACGGCGUAGGGGAUGGACAGCUGAAGACCCUGGUCAAUUAUGAGGUCCCACAGUUUCUGGACUGUCUCAAGUCAGUCGGGAGAGGGUACAACCCGAGACUGACUGUGAUUGUGGUGAAGAAGCGGGUCAAUGCCAGGUUUUUUGCUCAGUCGGGGGGAAGACUCCAGAACCCUCUUCCGGGGACAGUCAUCGAUGUGGAAGUCACUAGGCCAGAGUGGUAUGACUUUUUCAUCGUGAGCCAGGCAGUGAGGAGUGGGAGCGUGUCCCCAACACACUACAAUGUCAUCUAUGACAGCAGCGGCCUCAAGCCCGACCACAUCCAGCGGCUGACCUACAAGCUCUGCCAUGUGUACUACAAUUGGCCUGGAGUCAUCCGAGUUCCUGCCCCCUGCCAGUAUGCCCAUAAGUUGGCCUUCCUUGUGGGCCAGAGCAUCCACAGAGAGCCAAACCUCUCCCUGUCCAAUCGCCUCUACUACCUCUAACCAAAGUGAGGGCCCGCGUGCUGGCUUGCUUCCCGAACUCUGCCAAUCCUUCCAUUUCUACUUUUCACGUGAUUGUCCUUCUAUUGGGAUGUUGGGGGGGGGGUGUCAGGGAGCCACAGUUUGGUUUUUCGUGUGGGUAUGUAGCAGCUAGAGAUUUCGCUAAGUUUUGACGUUUGCUUUGUUUCUCACCGUGGUUGUGACAGUUUGCUGGGCAGAGCCAGGGCAAGGCCCUGGCACCACAGAUAGACUUUCCUAAAGCAGCCGUGUCGGCAGGUUCUCGGGGUGCUCCAGGGAGCGCGUCUGCUGUACACUGCUAACUUUGUUUUUUUGCAUGUUUGAGUUUAAAGGAGGAAAAGGCAUAAGGCAAGAAUGCCCGCAGCGUCGUAGGCAGGUGCUGUGUGGGUCUCUGACACCCCAGGUUUGAAAGAUAAAGGCUGGGGUGCAUUUUGGUAUUUCUUUUAGGCCGUAAGGAUUGAAAAGAAUUGUUGAAAAGCUUUACACUUUUCUCCAUGGAAGUGUUUUAGGACUGACGAGGCUGAUGGUAAAGUAGUGAAUGUUGCUAUUUGUUUUGUUUUGUGAUUUUCUUAUCGAGUAAAAUUAGUGACCAUCACUUAGUAAAGUGGGUAGUAAAAAGGGUAGUUUUGAGUUUUUGAAAGCCUGUGUUUUUUUUGUUUUUAAACAACUGGAGACCACUCAGGGAUGAAAUUCUGCCCCUGAAAGUAAGUGUGUCAGGUGUGGUGGCACAUGCCUGUGAUCUCAGCACUCGGGAGGUGAAGCCGGGAUAUAACCCCGAGUUCACGGUCAGCCUAGGCUACAUAGUGAGACCUUGUCUUAACAAAAAGAAGAAAAGGAAAAGAGAGUGAGUUAUGGGGGCCAGUGUCUGCAUGAACCUUUGGGAGUAUGAGCUGCCUCUGUCCCUAAGGUCUGGAGGGCUGUGGCUGGUGGGGCAGUGCGGGUACCCCAUGAGGUGGGACCACAUCCAUUUGUCUGGCUCUUUUGCAAAGAGGAGGCUUGGAGUUCUGUAUGUCAUGAGAGCAGCCUGAAGUGGGGCUACGGUGUGAUGAGUUCCACUCAUUGGUGAUGUGUGUGCCUCCGGCACGGCUCAAUAAAGUUUCCGUCUCACUGGA